ACCUCUCCAGUCAGUUAAUGUCACUCGGCUAAUAGCUAAAUAAACCAAUCUCAUAAUUAACAUCUAAUGGGUAAGACCGGGAAUAAUGUGUCAGCAAUUACCAAUCCACCGUCUUCACCAUCUAAAAAUAAUCGAAAAGUCGUCUAAGAAGCGAAAGAGAAGACUGAAACCCGUGGAAGAAUGAGUUCUUACGAUGUGAACUCGAGUGAAUCAUCGAUUCAUAAAAAUUACUACAAAUCCUCGGAGAAGGCUGAGCUGAACCUGCCGUACGCUGUCUGCGAGAUUGUCGUGGCGGUGUGUGCGGUAGUGGGGAAUGGCCUGGUCAUCACGGUCUUCAGCAGGGACAAGAAGCUGAGGCGAAGGACCAAUUACUACAUCAUUUCGCUGGCAUCGGCCGAUCUCCUGGUGGGACUCUUCGCCAUUCCCUUCGCUGUUCUCGCCAGCAUUGGCCUGCCGACGAACCUCUAUGCCUGCCUGUUCACGGUGUCGGUGCUCGUUGUUUUGUGCACGAUAAGCAUAUUCUGCCUGGUUGCGGUGUCCAUCGACAGGUACUGGGCGAUACUCUAUCCGAUGGGCUACUCCAGGAAUGUACGCACCAAAACAGCUAUAGGAAUAAUCUGCGUCUGCUGGAUCGCCGGUACCCUCGUGGGCUUCCUCCCCCUCCUCGGCUGGAACUCGGGCAUUAAAAAAACCGACGAGAAAUGCAUCUUUGUAGAAGUUAUGGAUUACAACUAUCUCGUCUUCCUCUACUUCGCCACCAUAAUCUUCCCGGCCUUCCUCAUCGCCGCCUUCUACGCCCACAUCUACCGCGUCGUCAUCCAACAGUUGCAGCAGAUGAUGCCGAUGAAGCCGAUCAACCCCACCGGGCCAAAAUCAAAGAGCCACAAGUGCAAAGUCAAGCUGAUGAGCAACGACUCGUCAUCAGGACCGAUGAUGCUGCGUCUCCUAGGAGCCGCUCAGAAGAGAGAAGUCAAGGCGACCCAGAAUCUCUCGCGAAUCGUCAUAUUCUUCAUCAUCUGCUGGUUUCCUCUCUACACCAUCAACUGCGUCAAGGCCUUCUGCCCCGACUGCGACGUCAGUGAUUUCGUUCUCAAUUUUAGUAUUAUUUUGUCACACGUGAAUUCGGUGGGGAAUCCCAUUCUCUACGCUUAUCAUUUGAAGGACUUUAGAGCUGCGCUGAAGGCCUUCAUCUGCGGUUUUUUAUUUCCCGGGAGAGUCAAGGGGAAGAGUGGGAAUGCUGGGGGUGAACUGCGGGCGAGUGUUGCCUCGCAGAAGAAGGUGCGGGCGUCGUUGAUCGCCAGCAGGAAGAACGGUCCGGGGGGCGUCACGGGGGUGACGAUGGUUUUGCCGGGGGGUGAGGGGGUGGAUAGCGGGACCAACUCGACACCGGGGAGUGGACAGGCCAGGAAUUGUCAGCAGGGGUUGGUUCGUACCGACGACAGAGGGGAAGGGGGUGAGGGUUGCGAGGAUUUGGGGGAGGAGGUGAGGGUGGAGAUGCAGGAGGGGUUCGAGAGUCAUGUACUUUAUCUGAGGGAGGACGAGAUCAUCAUCGAGAAGAGUGUCAAUGUUUAG